AUGCUACCACGCUUUCUUUCUCUGACCAGCAUCGCGCUGACUCUGACCACCUCCGCUGCCAAAUCUCUCCCUCGUCUCGACAUUCUCGACCAGGCACCUAUCGUCCAGCCUUCUCCUCAUGAAGUCAUUCUUCCCUGUGCGAAGUGCGCGUUCUCUGAAGACUCCAAGUGCUCCGAGGUCAUCGAUCGAGACAGCUACCUAACAAUCAACUUUUCCACUGAAAACAACACCCUCCUCGCCAACCAGGAUGCCAUCUUCCCCUCCGCCCUACCCUUGGAGAUCUCUGCCAUCCGACACUCCGGAUCCGGUCAAGACGAGCAAGUCAGACUGUCGUACGCGCUGGAAACUAGACCGAUUCCUCGCUCGCCGGACGCUGAACUGGGAGAUGUGUACCUGCUGAAGUUGAAGCUCCUGGAUGCGUUCGGUCGACGGGCAAGCGAUCAUGUCAUUAUGGUCGGAUUGACUACUUCUAGAUCUCCGUCUGAGUCCAGACCUGAGUCUGACUCCCUCACAAUCACCGAACUCAGCACCUCCCCUCUCCCUCCUCUUCCUCCUCCUCAUCAUCACCACCACUCCCGUCCUCAUCCCAACGAUAACAUCAACACCGCUCAAUCCUGGCUUCAUGCCAUCAAAACCACCACGAAAGAAUACAUCCACCUUCUUGUUCAUCCUUACCCCCCUCCUCCCCCUAGCCAUCGCCACUAUCAUCAGUACCCGUCUAACUCCACCUCACCUUCUACCUCUAAUUCCCAAGACAACGCCAACGCCAACGAUGACAAAAGUCCCGACUCCAAGUCCAAAGACCCCCACCGCACUCUUCCCCACCACAACUAUCGAAGCCACCACCCCUCGUGGCACGGACACGGUCUCCAUCGGGGUUUUGGACGGAUUGUCAAGCCCGUCCUGUUGCCUGCUGUGUUGGGCGCCGCGGCGGGUGUGAUGGCUUGUGUGGUGGGGUUUGUUGUUGGGAGGGUUGUUAUUUGCGUUUAUCGGUGCGUAAGGGGGAGGAUGGCUAGAGGGAAAGAUAAAGGUGAGGUUAUGGGUAUGAGUAUCGGAAUGGGUAUGGAUAUGGGAAAUGGCAGGAUGGUGCGGGUUCCGGUUGUUCUGAGGCAGGGGGUUGAUCUUGAUGGGUAUGGUCGUGGUGAUGCGGGAGAGAGGGAGAGGUUGUUGAGGGAGUUUGUUAUCAAGGAUGAGGAUGAUGUUGAGGAUGAGAGGUGGGGAGUUUAG